AUGUGCGAAGAGAUCAUUUAUGGGCCAAAAGACGCGGUACCCCUUGCUUUCAAUAAUCACGAGGCUAUCGUGAUAGAAGUUAUAACGCGCAACUACAAAGUAAAGAAGGUGUGCAUAGACAAUGGGAGCGCCAUUGACGUGCUAUACUACAAAGCUUUUAAAGAGUUGCAACUGGAAGACAAGCAGUUAAUCGCAGUCCAAACUCCCUUGAUUGGUUUCGUAGGUCCACUGAUUAGACCUGAGGAAAUGAUAACUCUUAUGGUCAUGGUAGGAGUGUCGCCGAAAUGUCGAACUGUCCCAAUAUACUUCGCGAUGGUGAAAAAUCCGUCGUCGUAUAAUAUGAUCCUGGGACGGCCUACCCUGAAUGCACUCCGAGCUGGCAAGGAGAAACUGGUAGCUCAAGCGGCCUACUUAGAACCUUGGGAGCUAGCAGAGAAGAAAGAGAGACUGGAGACGGACGAGGGGUCGCUCGAACUACCGAUCAGCAAAGAACGGCCAGAUCGGGUGCUCAAGACCUGCUCAUGCCUGAGCGAACUGACCAGGAAGGCGCUAGAAUCCCUUCUGGCAGAAUAUGCAGAAAUUUUCACCUGGAGUGCGGAUGAUAUGCUCAAAAAUUUGCCUGAACUAGCAGUUCACAAGCUACAUGUAAACCCUAGUGUCCGACCUGUGAAGUAG